AUGGAGGAUCUAUUUGUCCAUGGGCGACCUCCUGUGGCUGUGCUCCCAUUAGGAACUGGAAAUGAUUUAGCAAGAUGUCUUCGAUGGGGAGGUGGAUACGAAAAUGAGAGUUUGUACAAAAUUUUACUGCAAAUAGAGAAAGCUACGACGAUUGAUAUGGACCGAUGGUCUAUAAAAAUUAUGCCAAAAGAAAAACACAAGAAGAAAGAGGAAAAGGGUGACCCGCAGCCCUAUAACAUCAUCAACAAUUAUUUCAGCAUAGGAGUGGAUGCAUCAAUCGCUCAUCGCUUUCAUGCAAUGCGAGAAAAAUAUCCGGAGAAAUUUAACAGCCGGAUGAGGAACAAAUUGUGGUGA